AUGCCCAAGGCCAUUCCGCUGAAGGUGUCCCAAACAAUACUGCCACUGAUGAUGAAUCCUGGUGAAAUGCCAAAGACAAGCAGGGCCGUGGAAAGUGAACCCGAAGAACGGUAAGUAUGAAUGCAAAGUACGCAGGACGGAGAGGGCUGAAGCCGUGUUUAUUAAUUUUUUCAACAAUUACCAAACGUUUCCCACUUAUAGAACGCUAACAGCAAAGAAGAAACGUAAGGCCGCUCCGCAAGCUAAUAAUCCAUCGGAGAUUGCAGAGAUCCUGGAUACUAUCCAGUCCCCAUAUUAA